CUUCCUGUACAGUGAGGCUAGAGUGCUAGGGCCAGACCAGUCCCUUCUGCAGAGCCCGAAGCAACAUGGACCAGGAAACUGUGGGCAACGUGGUUCUGUUGGCCAUUGUCACCCUCAUCAGUGUGCUCCAGAACGGAUUCUUCGCCCACAAGGUGGAGCACGAAAGCAAGAUGCAGAAUGGGCGGAGCUUCCAGAGGACAGGAACACUGGCCUUUGAGCGGGUCUACACUGCCAACCAGAACUGUGUAGAUGCGUACCCCACUUUCCUUGUGGUGCUCUGGACUGCAGGGCUCCUUUGCAGCCAAGUUCCUGCUGCCUUCGCUGGACUGAUGUACUUGUUUGUGAGGCAAAAGUACUUUGUCGGCUAUCUGGGAGAGAGAACUCAGAGCACCCCUGGCUACAUAUUUGGGAAACGAAUCAUCUUGUUCCUGCUUCUCAUGUCUCUGGCUGGAAUACUCAACUAUUACCUCAUCUUCUUUUUCGGAAGCGACUUUGAAAACUACAUAAAGACGGUGACCACCACCAUCUCCCCGCUGCUUCUCAUUCCGUAGCUAAUCAAUGGCUAGGAGCCAUCACCAUCAUAACUCAGCGCUUCGCAGGAGUCUGCUCCCUCCUUAGAUAGCUGUAAAUCUAACGACCAUCUGGGCCUCCCAGCUUCAAGUAACCUUGCUUUUCCGAGAAAACAACUUUGUGUCAGCUCCACCCUUCGAACAUGGCAGUGGCCUCAGAUUUAUUGUUCAGAUCCAUUCAGUAUGCUUCAUGACUUAUUCUGCUCUCUGAAGCUGUUUUGUGACCAGAUGUAUGUUUUCUGAAAAUAAAAUGCACAGACAAAUGGUAGGCUCAGUUUUUGGGGUACAUCUUUGAAGCUGAACUACUCGUUGUUUUCUUCUGUAAUUGACCAUGCCCCCCCCAACACCCAGGUGGCUUAGGUUGGUAUCUUUUUUACUUUUUCUUUUUUUUUGGUGGCACUGGGAUUUGAACUCACGGUCUCAUACUUUGCUAAGCAGGCACUCUUACUGCUUGAACCAACCCGCCA